AUGACAAUGGAUACUACCAAAAAGAUAUUAAUGUUACAUGGAUUUGUGCAAUUAGACAAAAUCUUCCGUCAAAAGACUGGUGGAUUAAGAAAGUCUUUGAAGAAAAUGGGCUAUGAAUUAUAUUUUCCUUGUGGUCCAGAAAUUGUAGAUAAGAGUACUUUAGUACAUGGGGAUGCUAAUACUAAUAAUGAUGAAUCAAAAGAAACAAUCGAUAAAAAUAACGUAGCCAGGUGGUUUAAUACAAAUAUCGAUAAUGACACUUCUGAAUUAUAUGGUUGGUGGGUAAGAACGGGUUCUGGUAAAAAGGCAAUCCUUGAAUACGAUAUCCCUCAGAAUACGUUCAAUUACUUACAUGACUACAUUAUUGAAAACGGUCCUUUUGAUGGUAUUAUCGGGUUUUCUCAAGGUGCUGGAUUAGGUGGCUAUAUCACUAUGGAUAUAAAUAAUAUUUUAAAUUUAGAUUCCAAACAACAACCACCGUUGAAGUUUUUCAUAUCAUUUAGUGGGUUCAGAUUAGAACCAGAAAAAUACCAAGCCCCUUAUGAAAAGAUUAAUAAUAAAGACAAUCAUGUUCCAGCUUCUUUGCAUGUUCAAGGUGAAUUAGACGCUGUUGUUUCUGAAGCAAGAGUUAUGAAGCUUUAUAACACAUGGCCAGAGGAUAAAAGAACAUUAUUAAAGCACCCUGGAAGUCACUUUAUUCCAAAUUCUAAACCAUUUGUCACACAAGUCUGCAACUGGAUACAUUAUAUUGAACAAUCUAAUAGUACUAAUUUGAAGAAUAAUGAUAAGAAAGCAAUAAAUUUAGAAAUAAAGAGAGAUGUAAGAGAAUCAAGUAAAAAUACACUGGAUGAUGAUUUGCUGGAUAUGAUGAAUAGUAUCGGUGCAUUAUAA